CCUCUCCCGCUCCGUCGGUUUCGCCGCCUCCGUCCGUCCUCCCCCCAAAGGAGAAAGGGUUCGUUCGUUGGUGAUAUCCCGCGUCCCCAGCGAGCAUGCUGUCAUUGCGCUCCUGCUGCCACGCCGCCGCGCCGGCGACCCGCGGCGUCGCAUGUGAACACGGCGCGCGUUCCUCGAUUCCACCCAGGCAGAGAUAAAUAAGAUCGCCGGAAUCAAAGAGGCUCUGUUCUUGAGGCGAUUGGCGGCCAAGCAGGAAGCCAGCGGCGCGGCGGCGGCGGCGAUGAAGUACGUCUCCGGGCCGUACUUCGAGCCGGACUUCGACCCGCUCCUCGACCGCUUCGGCACUCCCGGGGUCGUCGUCGACAAUGAGACGCGUGAGGAUUGCACGCUCGUCAAGGUUGACAGCGUGAACCGCGACGGAGUGCUGCUUGAGAUGGUGCAGCUGCUCACCGACCUCGACCUCGUCAUCUACAAGUCGUACAUCUCCUCCGACGGCGGCUGGCUCAUGGAUGUGUUCCACGUGACGGACCAGAUCGGGCGCAAGCUGACGGACCCGUCGCUCCCGGAGUUCAUCCAGCGCGCGCUGGUGCCGUUCCACCGGCCGGGCAACGGCCCGUCGCCGCCGAGGUUCACCACGUGCCUGGGCAACGUGGUCGGGCCGGGCGGGCCCGACGUGUCGGACUGCGCGGCGCUCGAGUUCACGGUGCACGACCGCGCGGGGCUCCUGUCGUCCAUCACGUCCGUGCUGGUGGACAACGGGUGCCACGUCGCGUCCGGGCAGGCGUGGACGCACAACGGCCGCGCGGCGGGCGUGCUGUACGUGACGACGACGGCGGCGGCCACCACCGCGGACGGCGCCGGCGCGGCGGCGCUGCUCCCGAGCCGGUGGGCGCGCAUCGAGCGGCUGGUGAACGCCGUGGUGGACGCGCGCGAGAACGUGACCGGGGAGCGCCACUGGGUGUGCGUGUCGGAGCCCGUGCAGGGCCGCGUCCACACGGAGCGCCGCCUGCACCAGCUCAUGCACGACGACCGGGACUACGAGUCCGGCCCGGCGCCGACCCCCGUCGACGAGGAGCUCUUCAGCAUGGGCGAAAAGGCGGCGACCGCGCGGACGGCCCGCCGCGGCGCCGUGACGCGCGUGUCCAUCGACAGCUGGGAGGAGCGGGGCUACGCCGUCGUCAAGAUGACGAGCAGGGACCGGCCCAGGCUGCUCUUCGACACGGUGUGCGCGCUCACCGACAUGCAGUACGUCGUCUUCCACGCUACCGUCGGAUCCCAGGGGGCUCUUGCCAUCCAGGAAUACUACAUCCGGCACAAGGACGGGCGCACGGUGGACAGCAGCGCCGAGCGGCAGAAGGUCUCCCGGUGCCUCGUGGCCGCGGUGGAGAGGAGGGCCACUCAUGGCGUGAGGGUGGAGGUGCGCGCCGCCGACCGGUCGGGGUUGCUAUCGGAUUUCACCAGGGUGCUGCGGGAGCACGGCCUGUCGCUGCUGAGAGUUGAGCUCAAGAGGCACAAGGACGACGCCUUUGGCAUAUUUUACCUCGUCACGGACACGGGCGGCGAGGUGCGCGCCGAGGCAUUGCGCGCUGUGCAGGCGAGGGUCGCCGAGAUGGACAUCUCGCUCGACGUUGUCAAGGAGGCCCCUGGGUGGCCGCCGGUGAGGAAGACCAGCGUGCCAGCCCCGCCCGUCGCCGGGCCGGAGAGGCCCAGACCUUCCCUGGGGAGCCUUCUAUGGUCACACCUUGGGAAGCUCUCGAAUAACUUCAACUACAUCAGGUCUUGAAACCUGUUCGGAGAACAAUCCACCUGUUGUUCUUCUGCAAUCUGCAUAGACGCUUCCAUAGGUGCUCAGUUCCAGUAAUUUCCUGUAUCUCGGGUACCAAGAAUUACAAUGUCAGGAAGCAGUACAAAUUUGUAUAUAAAGUAUAGCAUGCUGUAUUGCACAUAAAAUUCUCGAGAAAUUGAAGAUCACUCUGCUUUC